AUGACUAAUAACAACAAUAAUGCACCACCAACACAACUAUCAGCUUCAAUGUCAACUGAUUCGACUCAGCAGAAUACAGAUGUAUUAAAAGGAUCAUCGAUUAUUGAUGACAUGUUUCCAUUAUUUACACAUGUCUUUCAACAGGUAGAUAUUCCGUUGCCUCUAGUUUUCCCAUUCCUUCUUUACUUCUUUUCACAGGUCAUUGCAGUUUCUUUGUGGCCAUGGAACUCAUAUUGGAAAGAUCACGACGAAAAUCAUAUUGUAGAGGAGGUAAGAUUAGUUUUCUUCUGGAUACCUAAGGAUGCAAAUUCAACUCACUUCGUAAUCGUUUCAACAGUGUUAUUUGCUCUAAAUUUAAUUUCGUUAAUUUUAAUAAUCUUCCAAAUUGAAUACUUCAAGAUACAGAGAAGCUUUAUAAACUUUAUCAACAUUCCAAUAAGAUUCUAUUUUGAUACAAUCCUCUUAGUAAGUUUAACCCCGACUACAAUCACAAUUGGAGAGUCGUUUUUAUUAAUGUGUACAAACGAAUUUCACGUUCAGUAUGUUAUAUCAAUCAUCUUGUCCGCCUUUUCUCUUGGUUAUGAAUUAUUCUCAUUUACGAUUGUUCAAAGUUUCGCAUCCAAAUCUAUUGCUAUCAGCAAUUCACUACUUCUUAAUUUUGAUCCAAGUCUCAUGAUUGAAUGUAUCGGUGGUAUGAUAGCAUCAACUUUAUUAUACUUUAUUUUAGCAUUGUUUGAACCAUGGGCAAGACUAAUAGCUAUAGCAAUGCAUGCUGCAUGGUUUGCUUAUAUGUGCCAAUAUAUUACAGCAAGAUUACCUUUUGUUGCUCAACUUUCAUCCGGAUUGUCACUUUCUUGGUAUUUAGACAACAUUUUUGGAGAUACUUUAAUGAUAAUAACACAUUUCUAUAGAAAUGUCAAUCAAUGGUUCUUAUUUGGUUUUGUAUAUCUAACAUUUCUAGUAGGUGCGCCUCCAUUUUUGAUUUAUCUUAACUACAAACAAAAGAAAAUCGUUAAAUUGAUGAAUGAAGAUCUGAAAAAUCAGGAUGAUGCGAAUGAAUAUUUCAUAUCUUUAGGGUUAUCUAACAACAAGGUAAAAGUAUUGCUAUAUUUAAGGACGGCAUUUCAAUUCAAUUGUACUUGCUUCUAUAAUUGGACGCUUGUCAAAUUUAUAAUUGAAAAGUACACAGAUGAAGCUGUACUAAGCACAUGCUUACAUUUUGUUAACUUCUUUCCUAAAGAAACACAUUUACUGAACAGGAUUAGGCACAUUAUAUUACAGACAAGGAAGAUCCAUUUUGCAACAAGAUUUUUAUUGUAUCAAGUCGAGAACAUUAAAACACUAAGAAACUAUUCAGUCAGUAGCGCAUCAAAAUUAAAGAUUAUUGAACUGAAAACUAUGUCAAAACAAUGCGAGAUGAUGACAAGAGCAGCCGUAGAUUCAACAAAGUUAACACCGACAUAUUUUGAGAACCUUUCUUACAAAGCGCGCAUGACUAGAGCUGUUUGGAUGGAAGCGCUGCAGAAUGCACCAAAUAAUCCCAAGUUCUGUGAAGAAUUUACGCGAUACUUAGUUGAAUGUGAAGCAGAUUUUGAUACAGCAAUUAGAAUGAAGCACAGAGGACAGAUUAUUGAGAUGGGAAGGAGCUUUUCAGUCGAUUAUUGUUUUCGCUCUAUGAUAAGGGUCUUUCCAAACUAUUUAAAGAAAGAAAUUGUUGAUUUUAAUGGAGCAAUUAUAGACCAAAACAAGAGAGUUGCUAAUAAAGCAUCAAAUUCUGUAUCAGCUAACGGUUCAAACGGAGGAAACUCGAAUGACCAAUCCUUCGGCAAAAGUGAUGACGAUUUUGACAAUGAAGUCGAGGAAUUUGUAGCCAAACAAUUACAAAUUCAAGAAUCAGAAUUGCUUUACACAGAACAUUAG